ACACUAGGCAGAAAAUGUAUCGCUUUCUUUUCCUGGUCUGCAUCGGAGUAGCACUAGCUUGUGUUCCUCCAGAUUGCAAGAAUGAAGACUGCGGGACUUGCGCAAACGCUUGCUGUAUAUUGCAAUUCACUUUCAAGGCUUCAACUGAUGAUGUUGACAAGUUAAUGGUAGACUCCCUUAAGAAUGGAGGGGAUGAUGGACGCUAUACUCUUGUUAAUAAUUCUGAUUACAGGCCAUACAACAUGAGUGUUAAAUUCAUGUUACAGACGAUUCACACGACAAAGGUCCAUCAUUACAACGAUACACAGGAUUGGCUUGUUAGUGAAGGAAAGGAGGAAGGGACUACUGUUGUCAAGGCAUUUUCAAUAUCCAAUAUAUACGGUGCUUAUUGCGAUGCUGGACAAAAUUAUAAGAACCUUGUUGGGUUUGUUAAAGGACUGAAUGUUGACUUUAAGCAAGAGGCUAUUGCUGGCUGCCCCCCUCCAAAAGAAUGAUGAUAAAUAAAAAACAAUUAACAUUGCUGAAUGCUAAAAUUAAUGAUGCUUUUUUAAAACCCUAUAAUUCCAUACACUAAUAAUAAUAAUUGAUAAUAGUAGAAUUAUUAUUAUAUUUUAGUAGAGUCUAUAUUUAGCUGCUCUAUGAUUAAGCUAUUUAUAAGCUAUUUAUAGUGUCCUUUUCUCUACCAAACUUAUUUUACCUCGUGC